GCACUAUAUGUAAUUUGUGACUCGCGCUCGGAGACCCAGUGACAGGCAAUACGGGAGAGUACAGUUGGACAUACCACUGAAGCAGACAAGAGCUCAACUCGGGACAGACUUUGAAUAACUAUUCGGCGACAUAACUUUUUUGUUGUAAAGUAAAGACAGCGAGGGAGAUUUUACGCACUAAAAAUGCAGUCCCUCUGUCACCAACUGCUCAGCUUGUUGUUCGUGUUCAGCAGCCUUCAGAUUUAUCAACUCACAGAGGCUUGCUCGUGUGCUCUGUCGCACCCGCAAGAUGCGUACUGCAACUCUGACAUAGUGAUCCGUGCCAAAGUGGUGGGCAAGAAGUUACUGAAGGACGGGCCUUUUGGCACCAUGCGUUACACGGUCAAACAGAUGAAGAUGUACAAAGGAUUCAACAAAAUGCAGCACGUUCAGCACAUCUACACAGAUGCAUCUGAGAGUUUGUGUGGAGUCAAGUUCGACAUCAACAAGUACCAGUAUCUUAUCACAGGCCGCGUGUUUGACGGCAAGGUCUACACCGGGCUGUGUAAUUUCAACCAGCCAUGGGAGCGCCUCUCGCUGGCCCAGAAGAAGGGCAUCAACCACCGCUACCAGCUGGGCUGCAACUGCAGGAUUAAGCCCUGCCACUACCUGCCCUGCUUUGUGACCUCAAAGAACGAGUGCCUGUGGACGGACAUGCUGUCCCACUUCGGCUACCCCGGCUACCAGUCCCGGCACUACGCCUGUAUCCAGCAGAAAGAGGGCUACUGCAGCUGGUACCGGGGGAUGGCCAGCCGUGACAAAACCACCAUCAACUCCACCGACCCCUGAGUGUAAACCACAACCAAGCCCCAAACCAUAGCAACUGAGUUUCUUCUCAUCCUCACCUUUCCCAAACUCCACAACUCCCCUCGUCAACAAGAGUAUUACAGAACUUUUAAAACGUACAGUACUGGCCCUGAGCGAACACUCCCACGCCCUCUGACGAAAUAUACAACUACUAAAAUAAAUCAGUGCCUGGCUGUCUCAUAGAAGUAGCACUUCUGAUGUAAAAAAUACCUUUUUUGUUUCAUGCUGUACAUUUCAGUUUCUCCCACCUUCCUUUUCCUACAUUUCACGAGCUAUCAAUGAGCAGAAAUUAGACUUUCUUCAGAAUGCAAUAACAAUGGCCCUCUAAAAAGCAAUACCUUUUUCAAACCAUCCUAAGGCUUAUAAGGGUGGGAUGGCAUUUCAGCGCUGCAGUUUCAAGCAAUCCAUAAUGGUUGAAAAUGAUCCUAAUAUUAAAGUAUGGCGUGCAAACAGUAUCAACAAAGCUCCUGCAACAAUGUUAUUCUCAACACAAGUUAUGCACAGUAACCAGACACAUUGUCACCAGUACAAGAAUAAUGCCAACACGAGGUAUGACCUCAGAAAAGCACUCUUCCUCCAGUCACACAAUAGAUAUUUAACAAUGAUUUUGAAAAUCACACAAAAGUGUAUAUGUUCACAGUUUAUACUGUCAACACGUCUAUUUAUAUAAAUGAUGUCAUCUUUGCCACCCUGACUGCUUGCACUGUAAAAGUUUAUUCUUGGUUGUAUUAAAUUGCAUUUACAUUUUAGUCAUUUAGCAGAUCACACUAUAUGAAUGCGUUGCUGAUAUCGGACGAUGAGUUGAGUAUAGCUAUAUUGGUCUCUAACCACAACUAAGAAUGACCCUUACAGCUCAAGCACAGGGAAUUCUUAAAUCUUUCGCAGAGACAUGAAUGCAAGUUAUUUAAUUUUUUUGUUGCUGUAUAUGAUGUUACAAAAUAAUGAACAGUUGACUCGACCGAAACCUCUGUAGUAGAUGUAUUUAUCGGUGUUUGUCAAAUCAGACAGUAUCCAUGCAAAUACUACAAACAUCCUACUACAAUAGCAAAUAUAGAUAUACAUCUUUAUCUGGCCAAAACUGUAUUACCAUCAAUACCCUGUUUGGCUAUCAUGAAGGACCAGAAUCCCAAAUUGUGUUUGUAAAGCAUUGACUUAAUGUUAGUUCUGUGUUAGAUCCGCCUUCAGCAGAUUUUGAAUGAUGGUACUUUUGUCCAAUCACAGUUCUCCUUCUGGUUCUCACGAGGUAAGGAAUUUUUUUCACUGCAUCAGAGUUUAAAGCAGAUGUUUCAGACAAAGUGUUUUCAAAAAUGUAUACUCCAUUUUUGUAAGUAUUUUAACUAUUUCAGAUGAAACUGAUGAAAAUAACACUAUUGUCACUAAACUCUUCUACUUUGAGUUUUCCAGUUCAGUAUCUUCAGUCCAUUCCGUCAGAAACAGAGAUGCCUCAGCAGGAGUGAGAAGUCUAUGCCCAGUCUCGCAGCUAUGCCCACUUUUCCAUUAUGUUCAGAAAAGGCCAUGCCAAGUUGGUGUUGAACAGAAUAGAGUAACAGCCCUGACAUGCCAGGUUUAGAAGGAAAUCCACUCAAAUAUAGUCAGUCAAUUUAUUAUACAUGUAAUCUAUUAUGUGAGGAACUCAAAUUAAAUCUUGCCUCCUCCACAAGGCACUUCUUACAUGAAAUGCAAUUAUUUCAGGCACUAUAUUUACAGAAAGUCAGCGUUCUUUAUAUCAUUCAACAAUGUAGAACAGAAAAUUAUAUCAAAACAAUGCCGAAUUCGACAUUUGCGACCAUUUCAAAAGGAGAGGAGGUACAUCCGUCUCAUCAGGUUUCCCCACUGCUGAGCUUCUGUUGACACCUCCUCCAGGCCUUGGCUGAGCUUGAAACGCAAUCCAGAGGCAGAUCCUCAGUAGUCUGAUAGUGGUCCUAUGCCACAGCGAUAUCACGAAAGCCUCAACGUUCCACAUCAGCAGCACUGUUUUUGUUCACCUCAGAUAGUUAAAAGUAGAACUGGUUUAGCAUUGAGAGAAUGGUGGGCUCAAUGAGUGUAGCCCGAUAGUCCCAGAAGAUGUAGAUCCAUCCACUCCAUCCUUUAGUAAGAAUACUGGGAAGGUUUCCUCUGUAUGUUCAGCCUUCAUUGACACACUUCUCUGGUUGUCAGUCUAGAGUUGUUUCCCUCUACCAAAUCUCCCUCAACUGGUUUUGCAAGGUUCACUCUCUUUGGCCUUGGCAUCUCUGCAUCUGUAUUUUUUUUUGUGGUUCAUGUUUGUGUAAAUAUACUGUCUGCUUAACACAGAAACACUUGGUCAAGUCGAUCCAGAGAGCAUUAAAAAGGAAGCUGGCAAAAGGCUGUGUACCGUGUGUGUAUACACUGAUUCCUAAAAAAGGGGGGUGAGCGAACGUUUCCUUGUAGGGGUUGCAGAAACCUUUGACUUCAUUUCUGUGUUUUAUAUUUUUAUAAUAAAAAGAUUUAAUGAAAAAUGGAC